GAAGCCAAAAGCAACCAAACCCACCCGGCCACCCCCCGAGCCCGAAGGCAGGCCUCUUUCUUCUUCUUCCUCCUCUUCCCCUGCUCGGUCGGCUACUCCUACUGUCCGGGGAACCCAGCCCAGCCCAGCACCUGAACCCCACACCACACACACAGGGUUGCCCACCCACGCCACGCACGCGCAGCCGCGGCGGAAGCCACCGGGGGGUGGGCUCCGAUGGGCUGCUGCGGCUCCUCGCAGCGGGCGGGGACGCACCCGGAGAAGAAGCCGCCGGGGGCGCUCCCCCCGCACCGUCCCUCCUACUCGCUCAACCAGCACCAGGCGCCGGCGCCGCCGCCUCCCUCCGCGGCUCGCGCCGGCGCCCGCCAGGUGCCGCCGCUCAAGGAGUUCUCGCUCGCGGAGCUGCGCGCCGCCACGGCCGGCUUCGCGGCGGGGAACAUCGUGUCGGAGAGCGGCGAGAAGGCGCCCAAUUUCGUGUACAGGGGCCGCCUCGACGCCGGCCGCCGCGCGAUCGCCGUCAAGAAGUUCACCAAGAUGGCGUGGCCCGAUCCCAAGCAGUUCGCGGAGGAGGCCAAGGGCGUCGGGAAGCUGCGCCACUGCCGCCUGGCCAACCUCAUCGGCUACUGCUGCGACGGGGACGAGCGGCUGCUCGUCGCCGAGUUCAUGCCCAACGACACGCUCGCCAAGCACCUCUUCCACUGGGAAAACCAGACAAUUGAAUGGGCUAUGCGUCUGAGAGUUGCAUACUACAUCGCUGAAGCACUGGAGUAUUGCAGCACUGAGGGAAGGCCUUUGUACCACGACCUAAAUGCAUAUAGGGUCCUCUUUGAUGAGAAUGGUGAUCCUCGCCUUUCAUGCUUUGGCCUGAUGAAAAACAGUAGGGAUGGGAAAAGCUAUAGCACAAAUCUUGCAUAUACACCUCCAGAAUAUUUAAGAAAUGGAAGAGUAACAUCAGAAAGUGUCAUAUUCAGCUUUGGCACUAUACUGCUGGACCUCCUAAGUGGAAAGCGUAUACCUCCUUCCCGUGCUCUUGAUAUGAUAAAAGGCAACAAUAUCCAAGUACUGAUGGAUUCACAUUUGGAGGGAAACUACUCAACAGAUGAGGCAACCACAUUGGUUGACCUGGCCUCCCAGUGCCUACAGUAUGAGCCUAGGGAUCGGGCCAACACUAAAAAGCUGGUUUCCGUACUCGAGCCCUUGCAAAUAAAAUCAGAGGUACCAUCCUACGAGAUGCUUGGCAUUCCAAAACAUGAGGAAGAAGCGCCUCCCCCUCCACAACCGCAGCGCCCUCUCUCUCCCAUGGGUGAAGCCUGUUCUAGGACGGAUCUGACAGCUAUCCAUCAAAUUCUAGUGAACACGCAUUACAGGGACGAUGAAGGGAGCAACGAGCUAUCGUUCCAGGAAUGGACGCAGCAGAUGAGGGACAUGCUGGAAGCUAGGAAGCGUGGGGACUUCGCCUUUCGCGAUAAAGAUUUCAAGGCAGCCAUAGAUUGCUACACGCAGUUCGUUGACGUGGGGACGAUGGUAUCGCCAACGGUGUACGCGAGGCGGAGCCUGUGCCACCUCAUGUGUGACCAGCCUGACGCCGCCCUCCGCGACGCAAUGCAGGCGCAGUGCGUGUACCCGGACUGGCCAACCGCGUUCUACAUGCAAGCUGUCGCGCUCGCGAAGCUGAACAUGCAGAGCGAUGCCACGGACAUGUUGAACGAGGCAUCGCAGCUCGAAGAGAAGCGGCAGAAGAACACAAAACCCUGAUGAUGGCUUGUUCCUGGUCCAGGGGUUGGGAAUGUAGCUGGGGGAGUGUGCUGCAGAGUCCUGCGAUUGUAACUACCUGGUUUCGCAUUUCUGUCAUGCAUUUUUUUUGGGCCCGUGUACAUGUUACAUCGACGAAAGUCGAAACAGGCAGAAUGCAAGGGGAUUUUUUU